UUAACUGAUCUACCUUUUUGGUGAAGGUAUGUCUUAAAAUCUUGAAAAUGUUCUUUUAAAGGAAAAGACACUUACUGGUUCAUUUAGAUAUGGGUUCUUCUGACAAUUUGAGAUAUGUAUUGCAUUUGUUCUUUUAGGUGCUUACAACAAUGCUGGCUUAGUUCCAAUGGCUAAUGUCAUAGCUCCAGGCUUACCAGCUCCUCCGCCAUACACUGCUAAUCAAGUGGUAUCAGAAAAUGAGGACCUUUCCAGCCAGGCAAAACCUUCCCAAAAUCAAGCUUUUUCUGCACAAGCGAAUCAGCUCUUUACUCCUCAUGGUUCUAAUCCUUCAACACCUGCUGCUACUCCAGUCCCUACCCCAUCACCUGUCAAGGCAAUAAGCCAUCCAUUAGCACCUGCAACUCCACUCAUCUCUGGGAUGAACAUGUCUACCCCUGUCCUUCCUGUUUUCCCGGGACAGGUCUCCUCUUCCAUCCACACAUCUCAGCCAUCCGCCCCAACCCCUACUGUCAUCAAAUCCCUUUCAUUGCCUGGUGUUCCUGUCACAUCUGUUCACAGUGCAACCUCUACCCCUGUCCCUGCAGUUUUUUCUGGGAUGGCUUCUAUACCCACUGCUACGCCAGCUCCACAAGGUUCUUCCACGCCGUGUGCCACACCUGUGCCUAGUGAAGCUUUUGCAUCUGCUACUGCACCAUUUGCUGGCCUCCCGUUCUCUGCAACCUCUUCAAUUGCUUCUGCUAAUAAUCCCACUCCAUUGUCAUCAGUUUUUGCUGGCCUCCCUUUGUCCUUGCCUCCCAACACCCAAGGGAUUUCUAGUCCUGUUCCAUCUACAAUUGCUAAUUCCCCUGCCACUACCAUUCCUGGUUCACUUAGCUUGCCUAACCCAAUUUUGUCUGUCUUAAAGGGAUUUCUGACAUCAAAUGACACUUCAUUAAUCAAUUCAUCUGCUUUACCUUCUGCUAUGACAAGUGAGCUUGCUUCUUUAUCUGCUCUUGCUAAUCAAAGCUCUGACCCUCCCACUUCCUCUGUCAACAAAUGUUAUACUCCAUCAGCCACCCCCACCCCACAGCGUUCCUCCACACCUGGGCUGGCCAUUUUUCCAGGUCUUCCAUCCCCAUCUGUGGCCAAUUCUAGUUCCACUCCUCCAACAUUGCCUGCACAGUCACCUUUAACCACUUCACCAUCGAUUAUGCCAGUCAACUGUGGCUCAUCAGCCUCCCUCUUGCAUGCCACAAGCCCUACUAAUCCUGAUCAGCAACUCUCAUCAGUCCCAGCUGCCACAAGUAUCCCAGUUCUGGUCAAAACAGAACCCAUGAGUCCUACCCUCUCGGCCUUUAAAGGUCCUUCUCAUUCAGCUGGCCCUUCUCAUGGCACUAUGGGACUGUCAGCGCUCGGGCGUGCAUACACCUCAGCAGCUUCAGUGCCAGUCAGUUUACCCAGUUCCCUGAAUCCAGCGCUGUCAGGUCUCUCCUCUUUGAGUGCUCCUCUAAACAGUUCCAGUUCUCUGGCUUCCAUUUCCCUUGUCCCACAUGGCUCCUCUGCUCCCAUUGCCCCUGUGUUCAACGGACUUCCUCCUUUUACAUCUCUAACCAGUAACUUUGCUUUUACUGGUAAUCCAGCACUUACGCCACCCGUCACUCUCCCAGGGUCUUUGUUAGCUACUCCGUCUACAACUGCUUCAGCCGUGUCUACCCCUCAUGUGAGUUCCACUGCUGCCGUACUCUCAGGACUCGCCGCCUCAGCAGCAGUCUCUGCUCCACCCUUCUCGCUUAACUUGUCCAGUGCCGUCCCUUCCCUUUUUUCUGUUGCCCAGGGACCUCUGGGAUCAUCAAACCCAUCCUUCCCUGGUUUUCCUGUCUCUAACACACCCUCUGUCACUCCUGCUCUCCCUUCUUUCCCUGGCCUCCAGGCAUCUUCUGCAGUAGCAGCAGUUGCACCGUUGCCGGCAGCUGCCACAGCCCCAUCUCCGGCUCCGGUCCUGCCAGGGUUUGCCUCGGCCUUUAGCUCAAACUUCAACUCUGCACUUGUUGCACAGGCUGGCUUGACUUCUGGACUACAGACACCGGGAAAUGCAGUUUUUCCUGGUCUUUUAUCUCUCCCUGGUAUCCCUGGCUUUCCCCAAAGUGCGGCACAGUCUUCCUUGCAGGAAUUGCAGCAUAGUGCGGCUGCACAGUCAGCACUACUACAGGCACAUUCUGCUUCUGCUCUGGAGAACUAUACAGCUCAGCCUGAAGGUUUUGCUAACUAUCCGUCAACACCAGGAACACCAUUUUCAUUGCAGACAAGUCUGCCCCAGAGUGGAUGGCAAUAAAUACCAGACAUUUUUAAAGACUGAGGUGGUUGCUUGACAGAGCCUGAUGCUAUUCAGUUUGAAGGCUGUCUCCGUGUUAGUGGGAGCAUGAUCUGAAUUGGGGAAAGAGGGGGAAAACAUGAGAAUAAAAUGAUUCCAGGAGGCUGUGUCAGAUGUCAAACCUAAUUUGUGAUUGCAUUUAAUUGAUUCAGGGUCUGAUCCUGUGAAUUGCUCAGCAUCCUUGACUCUCCUUUUAGUUUAUGAGUUGAAUGUUUGGCGUCUUACAGGUUCAGGAACAUUCAAACAGGCGUUUAUGUAAAUAAAGCAAUUGGCUGUCAAGCUGAAUGGGGAGGACAAAUAUACUUAA